GAUUAGGGACUACAAUUCAAGCAUAUGUGAUAAAACAUAAAUUAUUGAAGACGAUCAUGCAACCUUCAAGAACAGGAGUGAUCAUGAAGCAGAGAAAGAAGAGUAAUCUCUCAAUCUUCGUAAUCGUCUUCUCUCUUUUCCUCUUGGGGAUCUUCAUGUACAAUGACAACCUCAAAUCCUCCAUUGCUGAUUUCACAUCUUCGAACCCAUUCUUUAGUUCAUCUGUGGAGUUGCCGCCGGAGGAGUGUGAUCUCUUCACCGGUCAAUGGGUUUUCGACAACAAGACAUAUCCAUUGUAUAAAGAAGAAGAGUGUGAGUUCUUGACGGAGCAAGUGACUUGCUUAAGAAACGGAAGGAAAGAUUCUCUGUUUCAGAAUUGGAGAUGGCAACCUAGAGACUGUUCUUUGCCAAAAUUCAAAGCGAGGGUGUUGCUAGACAAGCUGAGGAACAAGAGAUUGAUGUUUGUUGGUGACUCGUUAAACCGGAACCAAUGGGAAUCAAUGGUUUGUUUGGUUCAAUCAGUGAUUCCUCCCGGUAGAAAGAGCUUAAACCAGACCGGUUCUCUCACUGUUUUCAAAAUUCAGGACUAUAAUGCGACGGUGGAGUUUUAUUGGGCGCCAUUUUUGGUAGAAUCAAAUUCAGACGAUCCGAGAAAGCACAGUAUAAUCGACCGUAUAAUAAUGCCAGAGUCUAUCGAGAAACAUGGAGUCAACUGGAUAGGUGUUGACUUUCUUGUCUUCAAUAGUUACAUCUGGUGGAUGAACACUGUCUCCAUCAAAGUUCUACGUGGAUCGUUCGAUGAUGGGGACACAGAGUAUGAUGAGAUCAAACGGCCAAUAGCAUACGAGAGGAUGUUGAGGACAUUGGGAGAUUGGGUAGACCAUAAUAUUGAUCCUCUAAGUACAACUGUUUUCUUCAUGAGCAUGUCUCCUCUUCACAUCAAGAGCUUAGAUUGGGAUAAUCCUGAGGGUAUAAUGUGUGCUUUAGAGACAACACCAAUCUUAAACAUGUCUUUCAACGUGGGACCUAACUAUAGGCUGUUUUCCGCGGUGGGAACGGACUAUAGGCUGUUUUCGGUGGUGGAAAACGUUACGCAGUCUUUCAAAGUUCCUAUUCAUUUCCUCAACAUCACUGCAUUGUCCGAGUAUCGUAAAGAUGCACAUACUUCAGUUUACACGAUCAAGCAAGGGAAAUUGCUAACGCGGGAGCAGCAAUCCGAUCCAGCCAAUUUCGCUGAUUGCAUACACUGAGAAAGGAAAGCUUACCUUUCUCUGCUAUACUUUGCAGUCAUUCUUCUACCCGUAUUCCUUCUCGGAUCCUAUCUUUUCAACGAGAAGCAGCUGAGGAUUGGCCCGUUUCAGGAAUUCAAGACACAUAACCUGCAACUGCAAGAACACAUCAGUCCACCACAACAAAGCGAAGAAGAUAAAGACAAGAAGACUGAUCUUGUUCCUCUAGAAGUCUGUGAUGUUUUCACAGGAAAAUGGGUUCUUGAUAACGUCACACAUCCUUUAUACAAAGAAGAUGAAUGUGAGUUUCUCUCAGAGUGGGUGGAAUGUACGAGAAACGGGAGACCAGACUCUAAGUACCAGAAAUGGAGAUGGCAACCUCGAGAUUGCUCUUUGCCAAGGUUCGAUGGAAAGCUGCUACUAGAGAAACUCAGGGGAAAGAAACUGAUGUUCGUUGGUGAUUCAAUACAUAACCAUCAAUGGCAAUCCAUUGUUUGUAUGGUCCAAUCCAUCAUUCCCUCAGGAAAAAAGACCUUAAAACACACAGCACAAAUGUCAAUGUUCAACAUAGAGGAGUACAAUGCGACCAUAGCAACUUACUGGGCACCUUUCUUAGUCGAAUCAAAUGCUGAUCCUCCAGACAAUAGAGAUGGGAAGACCGAUCCAGUAAUCAUGCCGCAAUCAAUAUCGAAACACGGCGAGAACUGGAAAGACGCAGACUACCUUGUAUUCAACACCUACAUAUGGUGGACCAGACAUUCCAAGAUCAAAGUUCUCAAACAAGAAUCUAUCAACAAAGGAGACUCAAAAGACUACGAUGAAAUCGAAAUCGAAAUCGUAUACGAACAAGUGUUAUCAACAUGGACAAAUUGGCUAGAACAAAACAUCAACCCAAAUCAAACAUCUAUCUUCUUCAGCAGCAUGUCACCAACUCAUAUCAGAAGUUCAGAUUGGGGAUUCAAUGAAGGAAACAAGUGCGAAAAAGAGACAGAACCAAUACUAAACAUGUCAAGACCAAUAGAUGUUGGAACAGAUCGAAGACUUUACGAAAUCGCAGUGAAUGUGACGAAAUCAACAAAAGUGCCUAUACAUUUCCUCAACAUAACGACGAUGUCAGAGUAUAGAAAAGAUGGGCAUACCACAUUUUACGGUUCGAGAAAUGGGAAACUCAUAACUCCGGAGCAGAAAUUGGAUCCGAGAACUUUUGCUGAUUGUUAUCAUUGGUGUCUUCCGGGAUUGCCUGAUACAUGGAACGAGUUGCUCUCUCUGUAUAUUAUCUACAAAAGUUGAUGUUUUUUUCGAUUGAAUGUGAUAAAGUUGAAAAUUUACA